AUGGCGACUGUUCCUGAAGCUGAAGAAUCGGGAUUGAGAACGGUUGUUGAAGAAGAUAACGAGCACGAGCUGAAGAAGCUAGCGACGUCAUUUCUAGGCCUGAGCUUCUCAGUGAUGCUAGCUCAUCUCCCUAGCGACGCGCUCUCUCUGGUUCCGCGAUUGACGACGGAGGUCACCGAGCUGAAACAACGGCUCGCGGCGGCGGAGGAACAAGUCCGUCAGAUGAAAUGUCGGCGCGUGGAGGACUCGAAAGCUAACGCGCGCGUGGUGGAGAUCUUCGCUAGCAACAGGAACGCUUGGCAGGAAGAGGAGAAGCGUCUGCAGAACCGGAUUCACGAGUUGGAGGAAGAGAGAGAAGAGUUCAUGAACAGAAGGGAAUCACCAUGGAAGAUAGAUAGUGAAGCAACAGGUGUUUCUGCCAAGUUGAGGUUACUAGAGGAGGAAUUACUAAAUCUUGAGAAAGUUUGUACUAGUGACAUUUCAAAGGUCCUUUCUUUGUUGAGGAAACAGGCAAAGAGGUAUCAAGCUCUUGCAGGGAAGAUCGAUGAUCUAUGCAGAAAAAUGCAGAGUAGUGAUCCUUGCGAUGCGACACUAGGACCCGAGUUCAGGACACAAAGGCAAACAGAGUUUCUGCUCGAAUGUUUCAGAUUUCAGCAGCGAGCAUCAGAGACGGGGCAGAAGCUAGUUGCAUUGCAGACUGAAAUCACAAGGAGCAACCAAGGAGAUCAACUUAGCCUAGCCAAGAUGAACACAAGAAGGUCCAUGGAUUUGAUCAAGAACAACUUGAAACAAGUUCAGAGAAACCUCGAGAUUUGGCUAGCUAGGAUCAUUGGAGACCUCGAAGGCAUACUUGCUAGAGAUGGUGCUUCGCGUGUAAGAGAAUUCUACGUUGCUCGUUACCCUUUUGUUCAGUAG